CUUUAACAAAAAAUGGAGGGAAACAGGGAGACUCAAAAAUGCCCAGACGUCGCCUCAGACUCAACUGCUCUUCUGAUUCCGAGCAAGAAGAAGAAUUAAACCAACCACAAUCCCCACAUCUCCAUCAAAAUAACCAACAGACUACUAUUGUUCACCCACCCGUCGAAUUUUCUCCUUCAACUACUAAUUCUAACUCGAACCUUAACCCUAAUCCCUAUCCUACCGAGCCCCUCCCUAACUCCGACGAAGACGAUGAAGAUAACUCCUUCAUGGAACCCCCGCCCACAGUACCAACUGAUUCUCCGAUUUCAGAUAUGCUGUUGACUCUUGGAUUGAGGUUGAAGAGAGAUUGGCUAGAUUCUUGUAUUCAAGGACUUGAGAGUUCCGUUUCGGGUUUCUCAAACCUCGCUGUUUCGGCAAAAGCAAAGCUUUGUUUUCAGCAGUUUUUGUUUGCAGAUAUGACUUAUUGUGGUGCCGGUGUGCUUCCGAACAAUUUGGAUUCAUUGCAUCUGGUGGAUCUCAAGGGACCUUUUGUUUUGCAGGUUGAUGAAAUAGUUCAUAUCAGCUGUCCUCUACGAGGCAGGUAUCAGGAUGCAGCUCCUGGGAUCAAGAGGUGCCUCAAGUUGUCCAUGACAGAUGGUGCUCAACGUGUGUUUGGCAUGGAGUACAGGCCAAUUAAAGAUCUCAAAGUUUUGACACCUGCUGGAUUGAAGGUUGUCAUCUGUAAUGUACAUAUACGGCAUGGACUACUAAUGCUGGUUCCUGAAGCUAUAGAAGUCCUUGGAGGAAUGGUGCAGGAGUUGGAAGUGGCGCGCCAGCAUCUUGUUGAGGAAGUAAACAAGCCACCUAGGGGCAAAAGGACAAGAACAGGAGUGGUUCCUUCUUUAGCUACUAGGGCUACUCUUGCUGCAUGGCCUUCAAAUGGUUUCAAUGUUACUGGGCAGACUGAUAGUUCAAUGUCACAGAAUGCAACUUCUUUCAGAGCAAAUGAGCAAGCUCGGCAGACAAAUGGUUCAGCAUCACAGAAUGCGUCAUCCUCUCGAGCAAAUGAGCAAGACUGGAAGACCAAUAGUUCAGCAUCACAAAAUGCAACUUCCUUCCAAGCAAAUGAACAAGGUGCUCCUGUGGUUGUGUCAGGCACCAAUAUCAGUCAAAGAAGUACAGUUGUUCCAAUCAAUAGGGUGGCUAUGGCUAAUUCAUCAUCUAAUGUUGUCAUGGAUUUUGAGGAGAUGCGUAUAGAUGCUGUUCCCACAAGCCACGUAAAUUCAUCAGCCAACUUAAACUCUGGUGCUGUAUUCGAUGCUGAGGAUGUUAGUAUGGUUGAUGAGGUUGAACACCCACUGAUAUUAACUGGAGAACGUGAAAGCCCUUUCACUUAUUUGGCGAGUUUGUCAGCAAAGUGGGCUGCAAUGAAGGAGAAAGCCCCUUCUGUUCAGGGUAAAAUUAAGUGUUUUUUAACUGGUGUUAAGAGAUUCCAAUAUAAAGGGAGAGAAACAUAUGAGCUCCUGGUUUAUGUUGAUGAUGGUAGCCUCAUCUCUGAAAUCCUGAUUGACCACAGCGUUGUACAGAAUGGAAUAGGUUAUACUCCUGCGGAGGUAACUGCAGCUCUUUCCUCAUCAGAUACGAAAACAGUUAGUGACAUGAAGGAAACUUUCAGACAGUUUCAAUUACUUUUAGUGAAUUUUGAGGGGACAAUGCUUUUGGAGAUGAACGAAACAUCUCCUCAUCCAAUUGCUCUCGAGAUGACCCAGGGCUGUCCUCCAUCUGAUGCAAGGUUGCUUCUGAGACGACUGAAGCCCCCUCCUGCUCAUGCCCAAACUCCACGUUGUUCAUCCAUUAAUCCCAUUGAAUUAUCUCCUUGAUUUGGCCCUCUUCCACCAGUCGUCUGAGAUAGAAAAUUGAAGGAUGAUGAAAAUAGGUUUCAAUGAAAAUCUGUAGUAGUUCCAGAUUUUAUUUUCGUUCUAGUCCUCCUUUAAGCCUAGAUUCUUCUAUAUUCGAUUUUCUAGUCAUUCUUUAAAUCGCUUACAAGAAGGGACCGCGAAACCAAUGAAAGGGCAUGAAGAUUUGAAUGAUGAACUGCUUAUCGUGUUCCUGGUUGCUAGACUGUAGUUUUAGGUAACUGGAGCAAGGGAUCGAUUUGUUCUAGAGAGAAUUACACUGACUGCUGUCUGUCCUACGGAGAAGAGUGAGAAUGCAUCAGAUGACAAUGCGAAGUGAUUAUGUUUUUGGCGAAAAUGAGAUGCCGCCACCGAUGUAUCAAGAUUUGGAUAAUGAUAACCACAACCAAAUUGUAUCUAGAUUUGGAUAUUAGAUAAAUGCAAUUUUUAUAAACUGCUAAA